AUGAGGGGAAAAGCAGAGCACACAGGGCGGAGUUUGUGGAGAAGGAAGCACAUAUACAAUAGCGAGCAUUAUCCGGCGCGUGGCUCCCGCUACGAAAAAGGCUCUUGUCGUUUAGCGGUGGCUUUCGGAGGAAACAGGAUUGGAUCUGGACACAGCAGCGUUUUCUAUUUGCUCUUUUUACCAUCAAGUACGCCACGGGCGAAUUAA